AUGCAUGGAUUCCCCCCACCCCACCUCCUCCUUUACCCCAACUUGCAUAUCAGACAACGCAUCACCAACUCCCCCUCCAACCCUCCACCCACCACCACCACAACAAUGCCCACCAAAACCCUCGUCAUCAUCGGCAUAACCGGCAACCAAGGACACUCCAUCGCCUCGCGCUUCCUGCACGACCCAACCUACCACAUCAUCGGCCUAACCCGCAACCCAACCUCGCCCAUCGCCCAAUCCCUCUCAGCGCAAGGCAUCACCAUCCUCGCCGCCGAUCUCAACGACGCCAGCACACUAACCCCGGCCUUCCGCGGCGCGAACCUCAUCUUCAGUGUAACCAAUUACUGGGAACCAUUCUUCCGCGCAGACUGUCGCAAACAGGCUGCGGAGCGGGGUAUCUCGUGCCGACGGUACGCGUACGAGGUGGAGUUGCAGCAGGGGAAGAAUAUUGCGGAUGCGGCUGCCGCGACGGUGGACUCGUUGGAUGAGAAUGGGUUUGUGGUGUCGACGUUGAGUCAUGCGGCGGUGUGUAGUGGGGGACGGUUUGGGGAGUUGUACCAUUUUGAUGCGAAGGCGGAGGUGUUUCCGAAUUAUGUGAGGGAGAGGUACCCGAUGUUGGCCGGGAAGAUGUCGUGUGUGCAGACGGGGUAUUUUAUGACGAGUUAUAGGUUGGUUCCCGGGGCUUAUUUUACGAAGAAGAUGAUGGAGGAUGGGGAGAAGUUGUUUGAGAUGACUUUUACGACUGCCCCUGAUGCAAAGGUUCCUCAUUUGGAUGUUAACGCUGACUUGGGAAACUUUGUUUAUGCGGUGUCGAAGAUGCCCCCUGGGAAGAGCUAUAUGGCUUGUGGGUCGUAUUGUAGCUGGGCGGAGUAUAUGAGGAUUUGGGGGAGGGUCAAUUCGGUCCCGGCAAGUUAUCGGCAAAUUACUCUUGAGGAGCUGAUGGAGAAGACUCCGGAUCCGGAGUUCGGGCGAGAGGUGGGCGAUAUGUUUACUUAUUCGACAGAUCCGGGGUAUGAUGGCGGUGAUAAGGAACUGCUGACUGCGGAAGACAUACGCAAUGGCGGGAUUGAGUGUCCAAUGACCAGUUUGGAGGAGUGGAUAAGAAAGGAGGAUUGGUCGGCUGUCUUGAAUAGUUGA